ACCCUUGCUCUUUCAAAAACCCUAACCCUAACAAUCCUCCCAAGUUCUACCCUCUGCCGCCGCUGCGAUGCCACCCAAGUUUGAUCCGUCCCAGGUCGUCGACGUUUACGUCCGCGUGACCGGCGGCGAGGUCGGGGCGGCGAGCUCCCUGGCGCCGAAGAUCGGUCCCCUGGGUCUCUCCCCCAAGAAGGUCGGUGAAGACAUCGCCAAGGAGACGGCCAAGGAUUGGAAGGGCCUGCGCGUCACCGUCAAGCUCACGGUGCAGAACCGCCAGGCCAAGGUGUCGGUGGUGCCCUCCGCCGCCGCCCUGGUGAUCAAGGCCCUUAAGGAGCCGGAGCGCGACCGCAAGAAGACCAAGAACAUCAAGCACAACGGCAACCUCUCGCUUGACGACGUGAUCGAGAUCGCCCGGGUGAUGCGGCCGAGAUCCAUGGCCAAGGACCUCGCCGGCACCGUCAAGGAAAUCCUCGGCACCUGCGUCUCCGUCGGCUGCACCGUCGACGGCAAGGACCCCAAGGACCUCCAGCAGGAGAUCACCGACGGCGACGUCGAGAUCCCCUCCGAAUAGAGCCGCAGCCGGAGGUUUCAGUCGCACACCCCGCCGUUUGCCUGAUGUAAUAGAGUUAGCUUCUUGUUUUCCCGUCCAACCAUCCUAUGUUUCCUGUUUUCCGUCACUUUUUUAUUUUUAUUUAGUAUCGUCUCUUUGAUCCGAGUCUUUAAGCAAGAAUUUUUGGAUGUUGAAGUUUAGCUUUCGAUACAAAUCUGGUAAUCUAUGAGCGAAUUCAGUGCUAUUUUAGCCGUCGAAA